AUGCCGCCCUCGCAACUCAAGCAGCUGAAGGCGUCUCUGCGGGAAAGUGGCAUUAUCCGCGAACAGCAGUCCAAAAAGAAACGGCGCCAGGAUGAGAAAGACGGCGGUGCAAAGGCACGGCAGUCUCGAAUUCAGCGCAAUGCGGCAUUGCAAAAGAUUCGCGACCAAUUCAAUCCCUUUGAAAUAAAGGCGCCCUCACGGAAUGCAAAAUUCGAUGUUACGACUAGAGAUGGCUCGUCCAAGGCGGGGAACUAUGCUAGGCCUGGGGUGACGAGAUCAUUGGGAGAAGAACGAAGACGGGAAACCUUGUUGAAAGAAUUGCACAUGCGAAACAAAACUGGCGGUAUCCUGGAUAGACGGUUCGGUGAAAAUGACCCUUCGAUGACACCGGAAGAGCGGGCUGCAGAACGAUUUGCCAGGGAAAGCCAAAGGAAAAUGCGCAAGGACAAUCUGUUCAAUCUCGAGGAAGACGAUGAGGAGGAACUACAACUGACGCACGGCGGACAGUCAUUGUCGUUUGGGGAUGCUCUUGGCGGCGAUGACUUUGCAGAGAAUGAGAUCGACGAUGGAGAAUCCUCGGAAGACGAAGAAUCGAGCCGGAAACGGAAACGGGCUUUGGCUCUUGAAGAGCCCGACGACAUGGAGGGAAUGGCUUCUGAGGAUGAAGACGGCGAAGACGAGAAUGAGCCGCUGCGAAAGAAGAGUAAAGCCGAGGUUAUGAAAGAGGUCAUUGCCAAGUCAAAGCUGUACAAGUACGAGCGACAAAAAGCAAAGGAGGACGAUGAUGACCUUCGAGCAGAGCUCGAUAAGGGCCUGCCGGAUCUUUUUGAUCUUAUGCGUGGGGUUAAGCCGGCGCCGGCGCCGAAGCCUGAAGCCCCCAAGGAAGAUGCCGCCUUGAUGAACCCAGACCGCGCGGCUCUUUUGAAUGGCAAGGAUAGAUCUGAGGCAGAUCUCGAAUACGACAAGCGUCUGAAGCAGAUGGCGUACGACAAGAGAUCGGCGCCUACAGACCGCACAAAGACUGAAGAAGAAAAAGCGCAGGAAGAUGCCGAGAGGUUGCAAAAGCUGGAGGCAGAAAGACUUCGACGCAUGCGCGGUGACGAGGAGAGCGAGUCAGAGGCCGAAAAGGACAACAAGGGAGAAGAGGAAGACGACGAUGAUGAUUCGAUGCCCGAUGAUGCUAAAGCGUUUGGCCUGGCGCCAACCACGGUCGAAGCUGACGAGCGUCCUGAACUUGAUGUGGAGGAUGAAGACGACUUUAUAAUCGACGAAGACCUCGUUGAGAUGGACUCGAAUGCGGACCUUUCAUUCGACGAAAGCGAAGACGAGGAGGAGUCCGAAGAGGGCUCGGAAGAAGCAGACAGCGAGGACGAAGAGCUGAUGGAUGACGAAUUCACAAAAUCACUGAAGGGUUUGGUGGACGUAAAGUCAGCAGCUCAUGCUAAAAGUAGUACUGGCAAUGACGGCAAUGGGUUAGCAUAUACAUACCCCUGUCCUCAGAGCCACGACGAACUGCUCGCUAUUCUGAAGGACACGUCAGUGAAGGACCUACCAGUGAUUGUGCAGAGGAUUCGAGCUCUGUACCAUCCGCGAUUGCAUAGCGAGAACAAGACGAAACUCGGCAAUUUUUCCCAAGUCCUCGUUGAACAUGUCGCACACAUGGCGAAUCAGCGCGAAAGGGCAUCUUUCAACAUCAUCGAAAACACCCUCCGACACAUCCACUCCAUGGCAAAGAGCAACAGCGAACCGGUUGCUCACGCAUUCAGGGAGCAUCUGCGCACCAUGGCACUGGAGCGGCCAUUGAGCCUCCUACCGGGAGACUUGGUGAUAUUGACCGGGGUGGUGACACUAUUCCCGACCUCAGACCAUUUCCACGCAGUCGUCACGCCUGCAAACUUGUGCAUUGCGCGCUAUCUGGGCCAGAGUGUCGUUAAGAAUUUGUCCGACCUGGCGACAGGCGCAUAUCUCGCUACGCUGUCUCUUGAGUAUCAAACUCUCGCGAAGCGGUAUAUGCCCGAGUUUAUGAACUACUGUCUGAACGCACUGUGCAUUCUUUCGCCGACCAAGGUCAAUGCUAACCUGGGGUCUGUAUUCUUGCGUGACUCGAAAGAGUCGUUGCGACUAUCGUCCUUGACCAAGGACAGUGUGACCACGAAGCUCCAGUUCUGGGACAUCAUCGACGACAAUAACACCAGCGAUACACCGGCAGAAGACCUCAAGGCCAGCCUGGCCAGCACGUACGUGUCCCUUCUCGACGUCGCAUGCGAUCUGUGGAGCGACAAAUCCGCAUUCAAAGAGAUCUUCACGCCGGCACACACCAUUCUCCAACACUUGAAGAAAGCCAGCACAGCAUCCAAAACCAAGACGUUACCCCUCUACUCCCAGAUCCUCUCCACGCACACCAAACUCACCACGCUCCUCACCCAAGCCCACCACACCCGCCGCCCGCUCCUCCUACACAACCACCGGCCCCUUGCCAUCAAACAAUCCGUACCCAAAUUCGAAGAAGACUUCAACCCCGACCGACACUACGACCCGAACCGCGAGCGCGCCGAACUCAACAAACUGCGUGCCGAACACAAGCGCGAGCGCAAGGGCGCAAUGCGCGAGUUGCGCAAGGACGCCAACUUCAUUGCGCGCGAGCAGCUGCGUGACAAGAAAGAGCGCGAUGCCGCGUAUGAGAAGAAGUAUAGGAGGCUUAUUGCGGAGAUUCAGGGCGAGGAGGGCCGCGAGGCCAAGGCGUAUGAGAGGGAGAAGAAGUGGAGGCAGGGGAAGAAAUGA